AUGGUGAGACAGUCGCAGAGCAUGUACGAUAGGCACCUAACUAUCUUCUCCCCCGAUGGGAACCUCUACCAGAUUGAAUACGCGAUUAAGGCUGUGAAGAACACCAACAUAACGUCAAUCGGCGUGAAAGGAGAAAACUGUGCCGUAAUAAUUUCCCAAAAAAAAAUGGCAACGCAGUACAUCUCGCAAGACAAACUCCUAGAUUACAACAAUAUUACGAACAUCUAUAACAUAACCGAUGAAAUAGGAUGCUCCAUGGUGGGAAUGCCUGGGGAUUGCCUCAGCAUGGUGUAUAAGGCUAGGAUGGAGGCCGCCGAGUUCUUGUAUUCCAAUGGACACAACGUUAACGUGGAAACCUUGUGCAGGAACAUUUGCGACAAAAUCCAGAUUUUCACUCAGCACGCCUACAUGAGGCUGCACGCUUGCAGCGGAAUGAUCAUAGGCAUGGGCGAGGACAACAAACCGAGCCUGUUCAAGUUCGAUCCGUCUGGGUUCUGCGCAGGCUAUCGCGCGUGUGUGAUUGGCAACAAGGAACAAGAAAGCAUAAGCAUAUUGGAGAGGCUAUUGGAGAAGAGAAGGAGAAAAGUACAACAGGAGACGUUAGAGGAGGAUAUACAAAACACCAUCAUCUUGGCCAUUGAAGCGCUGCAGACAAUUUUGGCAUUUGACUUGAAGGCCAACGAAAUAGAAAUGGGAAUCGUUUCGAAGGCGAACCCCAACUUUACGCAAAUCGGCGAGAAGGAGAUCGACAAUUAUUUGACCUUCAUCGCGGAGCGGGAUUAG